AUGCAGAACAGGAUCACUGGGAUCCUGCUUCCAUCACCUCCCUGCCUGGACACGGUAUCACCUGCUGUGGGGACACUGGGCAUCUUCAUGGUCCUGCUGGGCAUCGUGGUGCUGGAGAUCCGUGAAGCCUUCAAGGUGUUUGACCGGGAUGGGAACGGCUUCAUCUCCAAGCAGGAGCUGGGCACGGCCAUGCGCUCCCUGGGCUACAUGCCCAACGAGGUGGAGCUGGAGGUCAUCAUCCAGCGCCUCGACAUGGACGGUGAUGGGCAGGUGGACUUUGAGGAGUUCGUGACGUUACUGGGGCCCAAGCUGUCCACCUCGGGCAUCCCGGAGAAGUUCCACGGCACAGACUUUGACACUGUCUUCUGGAAGUGUGACAUGCAGAAGCUGACGGUGGACGAGCUGAAGCGGCUGCUGUACGACACCUUCUGCGAGCACCUCUCCAUGAAGGACAUCGAGAACAUCAUCAUGACGGAGGAGGAGAGCCACAUGGGCACGGCCGAGGAGUGCCCUGUCGACGUGGAGACCUGCUCCAGCCAGCAGAUCCGGCAGACCUGCGUGAGGAAGAGCCUCAUCUGCGCCUUCGCCAUCGCCUUCAUCAUCAGCGUGAUGCUCAUCGCCGCCAACCAGGUGCUGCGCAGCGGCAUGAAGUAGCCGGGGGCCAGGACCCCCCCCCAGCGCCUGCCUCCGGCCACCGACGGGGAGCCACACCGACAGCGGGGAGUAUAGAGAUUAUAUAUCUAUAUAUAUAUACACACACACAUACUGGAAUCAGCCACAACUCCCCCCCCCGGGGAGGGGGGCAAACCCGAGGGGGGAGGACCCGC